AAUUGCUUCAAUUUACUCAAAUCCAUCGAUGAGCUUGCUUGUCUGGUUUAGAUGUGAUGGGAAAAUUCAAUGAACAGAGGUUAAAAAUAAUAACAGCAUUUCCAGCAACAUUUCCAACUCCUCCAAGCUCGCAAAGCCCUUAUCGCCAGGGUUCCUCCUUGUACUCUUAUCGAAUUCUCCAAGGUACCUAGGUAGGUUAUCGAAAGAAGCUCUUGAUCACCUGACUCUGAGAACACACAGCCUCAUGCGCCAGGCUGUAGAUGUUUCUCAAACAACAUUGGAUUUAACUGUCUCUCUAUUUAUCUGCUUUUCCUUAGCAGAUUGAUGUACUACUAUGUCGAAUCCUCCCAAUGCGCCUCCUGCACGGAAUGGGCUUUCUCUCUAUGCGAACUUGUUAGAUCCGUCAUCGAGUGAUACACCCGCCUCCAUUACCAAAGGACCAGUCGUUUUCAAAACUGGCGCAGCUUCCGCGGAAGAUGAAGCUUCAACUAAGAAACCGCAGAUUGAUGCUGGUAUGCCAUAGACGAUUCACAAAAUUGAGUCCAAAUUCAUUGAGAAUCGCACUAAAUCUUGAAUAGCUGCCCUAAGAUUUCAACCUACACGAAGACCACAACUUUCUUCACAAAAGCCCAAACCGAAAUCAUCAUUCCCAAAAGUUACCCCAGUCAAUCCAAGUACCACCGAGCCGAGCAAUGCACCUGUGGUGAGAGCGCCAGCAUCUAAUACUGUCAAACCAGCUUCUAAGAGCACUUUGGCUGAUUGGGCUGCUGACGACGAUGAUGUUAAUGGAUUUUACGUCGGCGAGAAGAGGCAAAGAGGUGGUAGGAAACGAAGAAAGAAGAACAGGGAAGAGCAAGCUGUAGCACAAGAUUGGGACGAUAUCUAUGACCCGUCGCGGCCGAAUAACUACGAGGAAUAUAAAAAUAGUGAUGAGAAGGUUCGGGAAGUACGAGAGUGGAAGGAUAGACUAUAUGCUCAUAGAAUGGCGCGAAAGACAUCGAGCGACAGUGAUGAAGAGGAGCCAUAUCGCCCAAAGAUUGGCAGUAAGCGACUCUCUUCUAUUUGUUUUCCCUUUGCUAAUGAUGCUCAGGCCAAUUCGCUCCACCUCCAAAUUAUUCGUUUGCUCCACCGCCAAUCGAUUCUCCUCCCAAAAAACGUUCCAAGUCGCCAGAGAGUGACUCUUAUAGUCCCACUCUUGGAGCACAAUCCAAUUCAGUCCGUCUACCUCCCGAAGAUCAACCCUUACCGGAACCACUAUUACAUGGAGCCAUUUCCAGAGCACCAGUGCGGUAUAACUUACCACCGGCGCCAAGUGAACUUCCAGCUUCAGAAGCAGAAUUAGAUAGAGCGCUUGCCGAUGAACGGGAUGAUGAAGAUGGAGUAGAACUAGAUGAAGAUGCACCAAAAUCACUUCGCCCAGGCCAGAAAGGUUUUGCAGAACGUCUAAUGUCUAAAUAUGGUUGGAGUAAAGGAUCGGGACUUGGUGCAGAUGGCUCCGGUAUGAUUACACCUCUGCAAGUCAAACUUGACAAGCGCAAAAAGAAGUCCGAUGCUGAAGGUGGUGGGUUCCGUGAUUCGGGAGGAAGAGGAAAGAUCAUUGGGGGAAAGAAGAUAGUUAAGGAGGAAGAAACGGGCAGAUUUGGACCAAUGUCCGAAGUUAUAGUACUGCGUGGAAUGGUAGAUAAUAUGGAUCUAGAUGAGGAAGUGGAAGGUUCAGGGGAUGGAGGCAUAAUGCAGGAAAUUGGGGAUGAAUGUGGUGAAAAGGUAUGCCCGAUCGUGGGAAUGGCUCAUAUACAACAACACUAACAUGCUACAGUAUGGGAGAGUUGAACGAGUGUACAUCGAUAGGCAAAGUGCUCCAGCAAAGGUCUUUGUCAAAUUUACUAAUCAGUUAUCGGCGCUGAGGGUAUGUGAUCCAUUGUCAUUCCCUACUUGGCUGGAGCUAAUCUAAACAGGCUGUGAACGCACUCGAGGGUCGUAUAUUCAAUGGGAAUACCAUAUCAGCUUUGUUCUAUAAUACGGAAACUUUUGAGAAUGGUGUCUAUGAGUAGAUGAUUAAUUUAUUCUUGACCUACAAACCGAAGUUGUGGUACAAGUAUGAUUGUGAUGGUGAUUGAGUCCAACAUUGGCACUUGCAGUACUACUCCAACUUAUUCAUUUCUUUUCUUUUCUUUGCAUACACAGACUCGCGGUAUAAGCCUUUUUUUU